AUGGGCGGCGUGAAGGAGGGAGGCCAGGGCAGCCAGUCAUCGGGCACGGAGUCCGGGACAGAGGCUAGGCCGCCCAAGGACCCCGUCGGAGAUCAGAGGCGGCCAGAGGUUCCAAGGCCGCCUUCCGCUCCUGGGCCGAGCGCCCCCGCGCCAGAGCCGAGCGCGCCGGCAGAAGCGGAGCUGCAGCAGCCGCCCUGCCCUGAGCCGAGGGCAGCGGCCGCACCCGAGCAUCUGGCGCCGUCCGAGCCCACCCCGAACACUUCAAGGGUAGAGCACGCGGUCGCUGUGGAUGUGGUCGCGAUGAGGGCCCCUGCAGAGAGGGCUCUGGAGCGAGCAGAGCUCGAUAGGGACUGUGCUGCCCUUGUUGAAGAGAGAGGGCAGCUGGAAGAGGUCGACCAGCUCCUGGAGGCCCGCAUCGCCUUGACCCGCGUGACCCACGAGAGGUCAAUGCGCGCGGUGGCUGAGGAGUGGGAAGCAUUGGAGGAGGUGCGCGAUGAAGCUGCUGCCGCGCAGGAGAAGGCCACUUGCAUGGAGCGGCAGGCGACCGAGCGCGACCAUGCUUCGCGGAGGCGGGCCGCGAAGCUGCUCGCUCGGGAGCGGCUGCUCCUUGCUCGGGAGGAGGUGGUGGUCAAGCGCGAGAAGUCAGUGCAAUCCGUCCAGGAAGACUUAGCCCGCCGGAACGACGAGUUCGAACGGAGGCACGCUGAAGUCCUUCAUCGGGAGGAGGAGGUUGCGAUCCGUGAGACCGACGUCGAGAUCACAAUGACGGCUCAGGAUGCCCGGGAGGAACAAAUUGCACAGCGCAAAGCGGAGGCCGCCUCGUCGUCGUCGGCCCUCACUACCCAGGAGGAGCAGGCCGCCAAGUGGGAGGCCGAGCUUUUCGCCCGGUAG